AUGGGCAAAAAAGAGAGAAUCAUCGCACAUGAAAACGCUCGCUAUAUAAGCAGCGUCAACAAAGUGCUCGACUUUAGUAAAGAAAUAACCAAACUCAAUGCUGCCCACGAAUUCAGAUUCUGCGCCAACAUCGUCAUACCCUUGAAAGCAAACCUACCCUCGAGGAAAUUUGCUCUUGCUACGGCACGGAAUAUUUUCAGUUGCAAUUUCGGCCGCCGUCAUCGCGUUUUCUAUUCAGACGGCUCUUCUACCGUAAAUCCCAAACCAAGUUCAACGCCACCAACCGCCGAGCAUACCUCAAUCAUUCCAUCCGGUGCCGCUGUUGUCUACAAAACUAAGAGAGACGAACACUGGAACAUUAAAUACUUUACCCCAGCCAGCCGAGGUCGAGACACUGUCUUCACCGAGCUUGCUGCCAUUGCACAUGCUUUGACAAUUGCCAUGACAGAGAGGGCACUUUACCUGGACGACAACAGAAAACACUCCAAUGGAAAGGCCAGGUGGUCCAAAGUGACAAUAUUCAGCGAUUGCAUAAGCGCGCUGCAAAAGAUAUGCAAGCUUCGAGAGGGCGCCGUCGCCGAUGCCCGAUUAAUCUGCGACCCCCUUCUACACCAUAUCAUGACCAUGUCACAAUACUUCUACGGCAAUGGAGUCCAACUUGAAUUGCGCUGGGUUCCAGGCCACUCUCAAGUGAAAGGCAAUUGCCUUGCAGACACUGCAGCCCGAUACGCAGCAAAUCAUCAGGGUGCCGGCAUGAUUCUCCCGAAAGGACUAAAUUGGGACACGGAACCUGUGUCAAAUGAUGUGAAAACACAUGGCCCGCAACAACAGAAUAUGUCUCCGAAAAGGAAAGGCUAG